AUGAGUCUGACCUCCUGGUUCCUUGUAAGUGGUGGGGGGAUCCGCCAUCGCCUCCCCAGGGAGAUGAUCUUUGUGGGACGGGAUGAUUGUGAGCUCAUGCUGCAGUCUCGCAGUGUGGACAAACAGCACGCCGUCAUCAACUAUGAGCCGACUGCGGACGAGCAUAAAGUGAAAGACCUGGGCAGUUUGAAUGGGACAUUUGUCAACGAUGUCAGAAUACAGGAGCAAAUGUACGUAACACUAAAAAUUGGUGACAAAUUAAGGUUUGGAUAUGAUACCAACUUGUUCACUGUGGUGAGAGGAGAGCUGCAUGUUCCUGAGGAAGCACUUAAGCAUGAGAAGUUCAGCAGCCAGCUCCAGCUCAGCCAGAAGAGGGCUCCAGAUGGGGACAUCUCCAGAUCAAUGGAGGUCAAACCCUCCGAGGUUGCAGGAGCAUCAUAUGAGGGGGCCACAGCCAAGGUCCCUGAGGCCGGCAAGGGGGAGGACAAGAUGAUAGGGGAUAUAGGACAGAUGCACAGGGGAACACCGCUGUAUGGCCAGCCGGCCUGGUGGGGAGACGGAAACGCUGACCAGCACCCUAGUAAGCAGGAUGGACGGAGCUCAGACAGAAAACCAGAGACAGAUAGCAAAGACCCCAAGAGGAGCACCGAGGCUCCAAAGAGUGGCAUGGUAGGGCCCCCUGGUCAGGAGCCAAGGUACUUUGAGAUCCCCACCAAGGAUAACCAAACGGUGGCUAAAGGUACUGGGGAGACACCCUGCCAGGACACAGAGACUGGUGGCGCUUGUGCUCCAGAGCCUUCCCAUGGCCAUGCCUCCUUUACUAUUGAGUUUGAUCCGGGAGCAUCGGGUAAAGUGACAGUCAAAGACUGCGUAGCAAAAGUGGCGCCGGAGACCAGGUCCCGCCCAAAGAGAGGUGUCGGGGAGGAACUAAGCCCGCUUCAGACGGCCAUGGUGGCGGCAGAGGUGAAAGUUGCUGAUUGGUUGGCCCAAAAUGAGCUUCCAUUGGCUCUUAAGGAGACAGUUGCAGAGGAUGAUGGGGAAAGUGUGAAGAGUGAUGUGCCUGUCCAACUGAGGAGUCUUAAAGGCAGCAAACAUGAAGAUGGGACCCAAAGUGACUCAGAGAAUGCCCUUGGAGAACAGCGUAGGGCCGCUGUGCUAGAGGAAUGCUCACGGGGGUUGUGGGGUGGGCCGGGGAUGAAGAUAAGGGAGGGGCGGGCUAAUGUUCCCGAGGGGCUUUUCAUAGAAGAGGACAGCCCUGCACGCCGUCACAGAUCUGCCACCUCCAAGUUGGUGGGAACAGGAAGCGAACUUAGGGAAAAGCGACCAGGCUCAGCACCGUACCAGAGUACUAGGCACAGUGAGGGCUAUCACCAUGUAGAUGACCAAAGUGACAGGGGGACCUACACAAUUGAGUUGGAGAACGGCGAUCGUGAGGAGGAGGAGGCAAGGAGAAUGAUUGACAAGGUGUUUGGUGUGGAGGAGAUACCUGUGUCCAGGCUGGGGGGCUUUGACCAACAGAGGGACAGGGUUACAUCUCAGAGGUCUGGUCCAGGGGACAGGGGCAAGCCUGGACACACCGAAGCAGAGGUCCUGUCUGAGGAGCUGGUGGUAGGAGGUCCACGCUGGGUGUCUCAAUGGGCCACGCUUGCUGCCAGCCAUAUCAGGACAGACCCUGAGGGUUCAGGGGGAGAGAACCACAUCUUUGUUACUGAAGACCGAGCAGAAAUCAGUGAGUCGAGCUACUCAACCUCUAUGGCCUCGUCUGGCUACACGGAGCGAAAGAGGAGGGCCCUGCCACAGCUACCAAGUGAGGAGCUGGCACUGGGAAGAAGGCCCCCGACCUCAGGCCAGCGCACCGACAUGGGGGAGAAACAGGACACAGAACUUCAGGAGAAAGAGAACCAGGAAGUAACGUCCAGAGGGACAAACAGGCCCACUCAUGGCACUGGAGGUGUGGGCUGCCAGGCAGGAAGCCCCAAACCCUCCUCUCCAGCCAAGUCACAGGACAGUGGUGUAGGGAGAGCGGGUCAGCUGGGCAGGAUGGCCAAGAUUCCCCCUCGUCCAUUGAGCAGUGGGGAAAAGAGAAUUGAGGAGGCAAGGAGAAGAAAGAAGGAAGAGGAGAACGCCAGGGAAAAUGCUGGAAAACCACUUUUGAGGCAGGAGAGUUUCACUGUGGAGAGACCCACCUCCAACAUUCCCAUUGAGCUCAUUCCACGAAUCGAUGGGCACACAGUCAACAGAGCACAGACAAGGGAACCUGGGAUCGACAGCAUCACAAUGCAGAAAGACUCUGAGGCAGUGGCAGCCUUUUUAGAGACGACUGUAUCAGACCAAGGUGAUCCACCAAGUCAGUCCAUUGAAGGCUCCAUGUCACCAGAGUCAGAUGUGGACACAACCAGCACAGUGAGCCAGGCAGAUGGAGGGAGGAAAGUUGUACAGAAACGUCGGACCCUUGCAGCACAGCAGAAAGAGAGGACGGUGCUGUGUUCGUCUACCAAAGGCCUUUCUGGGGGUCGAGAAACCCAGGACAGGAGAACCAAGAGCAGGACAUCUGCCCCUCAUCAGCCCAGCCGCCCCUGGACCUCACUAGACCUCACUGAUGAUGACAUCAACAACUCCCUCCUCUCUGACUGUCAGCCCAUGUCUAACACAGGGUCCAGAGGUUCACACGCCAGAACAGGGAGCACAACAGUGGGGGCCAGCACCAAGUCAAGCCGGGCCAAGAUCAGCCAGGCUCCAGGUAGCUCUGCAACCCCAACCUCCUCCAGUAAACUCACAACUGCCCCAAAACCCCGGCCCACCCGGGCAUCUCUGCUCAGGCGAGCCCGUUUGGGGGAUUCCUCUGACACAGAGCCAGCUGACCUGGACCGGAUGUCAGUAGCCUCAGAGGCAUCCACAGCUAGCUCCACAUCCAGGACAGGGAUGGCUCGAAAAGGAAUGUCCAGAAUAGAAGCCCUGGCUCAGCCAAGGAGACCAAGAGUGGGAUCCCCUUCGGCCCAGAGUGAUUCAGAAGCCACCGUAACCAGGAGCAGGGCCUUGGGAGCCAGGGGUGUGGCAGGGGACUAUGCCAUCAGACAGGGGCUUAGAGGGUCUGCCAUGACCUCAGUGGCAACGCCAAGAGCCAGGGCUAACAGCGCCUCCAAGCUGCCAGACAAAAUUAAAGGGAGCACCUCCUAUGGGCACGUCACACCUGCGUCCAACACUAGGUGGCGCCGUGUACCUGUGGAGUAUGCCUCCACCUCAGAGGAUGAGUAUGGCUCAAACCGCCAUAUAACCAACCAGGGCCGCACUAGGCCAUUCCCCUCGACUCGGGUGACCCAGCUUGGAGGUUCAGCCCCAGCGACACCCAGCCCGGGCGGCCUGGCUACUUUAAGGCAAAACUCAAGGGAGCAGGACGAGUAUAUGAGAGACUGGACAGCACACAGUGAAGAGAUAGCAAGAAUUAGCCAGGACCUUGCCAAAGACUUAGCCAUGCUGGCCCGGGAAAUUCAUGAUGUGGCAGGGGAGAUCGACUCAGUCAGCCCUGCAGCUACCGACCCAGGGGCUCUGGUGGAGGAGCGCGUCUUUGAUGACAGCCUGGACGGCCCCUCUGCAGAGCACAGCAGCAUUCUGGGAAAUGAUGGGAGGACUGUUGAGCGCCGCCCCCAUGGAGCCAAUGGACAAGGAUCCCGCUCUAUCCGGCGCCAAACAUGGAACAGAGAUGAUGCGGUGCUGGACAGUUUACUGCUAUUGUCUGUCAGCCAGCUCUCAGCUAGGAUACGUCAAUCUGUGGACAAAACAGCAGGCAAAAUCAGGAUCCUUUUCAAGGAUAAAGAACGGAAAUGGGAUGAGAUUGAGGGCAAGCUGCAAGCGGAACAUGACUCCUUACUGCUGAAGAGCUCCAACAAGGAGAUUUCCACCAUCCUUCAAGACCUGAAGAGGGUGGAGAGGCAGCUGCUCGUCAUUGACGUGAUGGUGGACCCAGAUGGUACUCUGGACGCUCUGUCCAACCUGAACCUGACCAGCCCUCCAGCGGCUGACCUGAAGAUCAGUCCAGGGGCUCAGGCUGCAGCCCUCUUCCCCGGAGCAGAAGCUCCCUCCAGCACUCAAUCUGCCCCCAAGGAUAAUAGAGCCUCUGCAAGACCAUGUGGUGCUUCAGACCCUUCAGAAGCAGCAGAACGAGACCCAGGCCUCCAUAUGAAAAACAAGGUGGCCCAAAAGAGCUCUGGACCCAACACUGAUGGAAAGGAGACUCAGAUUGCAGGAAAACCCUUGCAAUCAAAAUAA